AUGCUUGAACCACCACCUCAGGCGCCACGACAGAGGAUCCCUAAAGAUGGAGCUGGUCCCAGAGGAAGACCUGAUUGUUACUAUACGUCACGUGUUUUAAAUUCUACGUUCCGAUACGUGAAAUUCGUCAAGAAACUUCGCGCUUUAGAAGAUGAACAGAGGAAAGGUGACGAGAACAAACUGAAGGAACUUAAAGAUAAACAGUACAGCGAUUUCUUCAUUAGAUGCGAUCGCAGAUCUCUUAUAAACGACGUUGCACGUCGGGUGGACCUCUGCAUGCAGUCUUAUCAACAGGACCUGAAAGAGAAAAGGAAGAGGCUAGCAGAUCUUUUGUCGGUCGAAGAAGAAGCUAACAUCCGAAAAGUCGUAGAACAAGCGCAGGCAGGUACGGAUGCACUCUGGCAAGACAAGAAGGAUAGACUCGCUUACUUACUCGCCAAGAGGCAAAAGGAGCACGAGGAAAGAUACAAGGAUACGCCUUUGUUAGUGAUAAAUAAUUAUAAAUAGUAAUCAAUAGUUUAGUCGAUUGUAAUCCAUACUUAUAUUGUGAAUGCGAAAGCCCGUGCGUCUGGAACGUUUUCAUGUUGAAACUGCUGAACCAAGCAGAUAGUGUAAGCAUAGAGGAUAAGCGCCGCGGCCCGCGAUUUGUUGUUGUUAAGCAACUUUCGCAAAGGUUGCUCACGGGAUGGGUGACCAAAAUAUUAUUAUCUCGAGCUACUUCGUGCUUCAGAAGGCACAUUAAGCCGUUGGUCCCAGCUGUAUUUGCAGUCGUUAAUACCCUCCAAUCCGCAUUUAGCCAGCGUGGAGGGUCUUGGCCCAUCCUUCUAACCAUCCAUAAAGAAGGCCUGAGACCCUGUAGUGGGGACGUAAAAGGGCUGAUGAUGAUGAUCAAAGACAAAAAGUUUGCAUGCGGAAACGCUAGGACGAAGUAAACGGUGGUACGGCACAUCGUUACAUCUAUACCUACUAAUGUUAUAAAAAGGAAUAUUUUGAUUUUUUUUUGAAUCGAAUUGGCUCUAACAUUACUGGACUGAUUUUAAAAAAUCUUUCACCUAUCGGAAGCUACAACAUGCGUGGUUGACAUGGGCUAUAAUUUGCGCGAGCGAAGACACGGUAAAACCUCUAUAAAAAUUGUAUAUAAGUUUACAAAACAGUUCUACCAAGAUGGUUAUAUUAAUUUUAUAAAACGA